ACUUAUUUUUCAAUUGAAUGUAAUUGACUACCUAAUUGAGUGACACCUAUGCAUUGGGGUCUCUUUUAAUUAAUACAAAAUUGAGGUUACAUCUUUUCAAAUGUUCCUCAAUUAAUAUAUAAGGGAUCAGCUUUAGAUAAAGUUACCCCACCAAUAACCCCUAUGGUCUAUGGGUAGUCCACUAGCCAGACAAAAACAAAUUAACUAUGGAAAUCUUUUUAUGGGAAGUUUGGUGUAAAUUAUGGGAAUCAUGCAUUCAAAUCCCUAAUGUAUUGAAACUUUCAUAUUUUAUCUGUCAAUCUAACUCACACUUCUAGAAUACAAAUAAAAAUCUUAAAACUCGGAUUUAAAAUACAACAUUUUGAAUAGAGAUAAUCUGAUGUAGGUAUCAUGGACCAACACUAGUCUUAGGAAUGGACAUUUUCAGUUUUGGUUCUAUUAGAUUAUUUCUAUUGGGUUGUUCCUUUUGGAGAAUUUGCUAAUAUUUUUUAAAAAAAUAUUUGUUUCGCUUUGAAGGAAAACUGUUAACAAUAAUGUAUAUAUAUACUAGUAGUAUUUUAUUUUUUUUAUAAAUAACUUGAAUUAAUGGAACGACGUAAUUUUACUUAUAUAAGAUGUUUUCUUAUUUAAACACAUAAAACAUUUUAUCGUUUCAAAGUUGAUUGUUAAGCGUAUACUAUUCAUAUAUCUUGUGGAUAUUUAUUUUAUGAAAACUGAAUGGUGGAAAAAGAGUCAACUGGAUAAAUAAGAAGCAUGUUCAAUGCAUCUAUAAAAUCUACCAAAGCUCAGUGCUUUGACCAUUCUCCAUAUUAUUGUGGUAGGGACAAUUUAAAUUCACUUUACUUAUAUGUAUAUACAUUUAUAUUUAGAUAUUCCACAAUACCAAAUGGUAGUUCCACAAGGUACCACUGGAGUUCUAAAAACGACAUACGUAGUCCGUUCAUUUGGUUGUGAUUUCAAUGGAUAACAUACAUAUAUAGUAAGAAUCUCGUUACUCUAUUCACGCGUUACUAAUUAUUAAAGCUAAUUUUAUAUACUAGUUUCUAAAAAUUGAGAUCUACCAGUUGUUUAGAUAAAUGUAUUUUGAUCACAUGAUGAGGUAAAAUUGAAAUCACAUUUUUAUGAAUAAUGUUGUACAUUAAAACUUAAUAUUUGAUCCAUAGCAUUUUGAUGUUCCAAGUGAUGCAUGUACAUUACCAUCCAUAGUCUUCGAGAAAGUUAAUGGAGUUCGGAUUUAGUAGCAUCCUACGAACUUCCCACUAGUCAGAUACUUUUUUAGUGAUCAGCAAUACAUUCAUUUUAUAUAGUAUUCUUCUGUAUUUGAAUAUAUUUUUUUUUAUUUUCAUAAUUUCCUCUUAUUUUCUGCUCAGUUAAUAAAUUAAAAAUAAAGGAAACUACAGUUUAUAUUAUUAUUUUAUUUUUUGACAAAAAAAAUCCUUAUUUAUCCGAUAAAAUAUUAUAAAAUGGUUGACAAAUACCUUUCAAGAAAUAUUACUGGAGGAUAUCGUCUUACGUAAAUGAUUAUAUUUGUCGGGAAGCAAUAGCCGAAGUAUUUGAGUGCGACAGUGAAUUUUCUUUGCGGGUAAAAGUUCGUGGGCUAAGUAAUAAAAUCGCGAACUCUCAAAGUAUAGGCCUAUGUUAAUAUAUAAAGUUAAAAUGUACCGAAAUGUUUUCGUAUUUUAGUUUGGAUGUUCCAGGCUUCUUUCUCACGUGUUAAGAACUUAAGAUACGGUUUGAGUAUUUAAUUUUAGAGAAAAUAUAAACAGAUUAGAUACUUUUUCCAAUUUGUUAGCUAAUAUGACAGAUUGCAGACACUGAAUCUCAAAUCCCAUAGUUAAAACCCAUUUGUAUGUAUUGAUCAACAAAUGAAUCCUUUAACAAAAUACAGUAAGCCCCAAAGAUUCUUUCACUAAACGAGAAACACAACUAAUAAACGUCAUCCGCAUUGAUUAGAAAAAAGAUAUACAAACUAGACCGAGGCUAGCAUACGUCUUGAACCAAAAAAAAAAAAGAUAAGAAAAUACAAAAGAAUAUUGGCUUAUUACUACACCAAUUUACAAGUGUACUUAGACACAAAUCCUUCCACAUACGGUCAAUAUGAUUUCAUAUUCUUUCCUUUUACGUUGUUUGACCUAAGAAUACAACAUGCAUUGGUCAUAAAUUGAUGACACGCAGUAAAUACAUGAGUAAGACUCGAUCUGGAUGUUUGCGAAAUGACCCCUGAUGUUAGAUUUAUUGUGAUGGCAACGUCUUAGUUCUUUCAGUGGACAGAACAACCUGUAUCAUAUACCAUCAAGCAAGCGGCUAAAUACCACUACGGAUAUAGCAUGAAUCAAUCUUUGAGGAGACAACAGAAAAUUCAUAUAUUAAUUUCAAAUAAGUGCAAUAUUAACACUUUUCUUGUGUGUAAUGUUUGUUAAGCCUCUUUUGAUUCUUUAGAAUUCAGAAUAUAACAAUAACACACCUCACUGAUCGAGUUCGGGUUUUUGAUUUUUUUUCUCUCUUGACGAAUCAUGUUUACCUAAUAAAAAGAUAUGAUAUAAGUUUUAGAACAAAAGAAAGUCUAAUAAAUAUUUUUUUUUCUUCUAAAUCUGCUACUCAUUUCUUAACCAGUGAUAUAUUUGCACCAUGUAACAAUUCUGUGGAUCUGGACACAAAGAAUCCAUUACUAUGAUUAUAUUAAUAUUUUAAUUUAUGGAUUUAUUUUCAUAUAAUUUCAUUGUUUUUUUAAUCAGUUAAUGUUGUUAUGAUUUUUGAUAUCCCUGUUUAAAUAUACAUACACGGUCACGGUCACGCUCUUUUGGGUUAAGCUAAAAAUAAGAUUUUUCUAACAAUGUUAAACAAAACUAAAAGUUAUUCAAAUACGCAAUUAACCGGAAAGAUGGGGAUCAAAGAGAGUAGUCAAAUUCCAAAAAACAAUAAAUGGAGGGAUGUAUUUGGCAAAAAGACCAAACCAGAUUCUGUUCAGUAUUCUGAAUAUUCAGUGUGCUAUAAAUACAGAUAUGGGUGCAGAGCAAAACGCUGAAGCCCCAAAAAAAAAAAUCUUCCUCAAAGCGAACGCGUAGUCCGGCACAGCGAGCCACCGUCGUACGGGGGAUUAAGAAGGUACGUACGGAACGAUUAAUUAAUGUUUUUCUCCGUUGGUUUGUUAAAUUAUCUUUGACUAUCUGUUUCUGUUUUGUUUGUUAUGUGUCGUGAUUUGCAUUGUUCGGGGGGGGAUUUAAUUAGUUUAAAAAAUGUUAGAUUCUCGAUCUGCGUGCAUGUCCGUCUGAAAACGUUGGAUUAGUACGUAAUCGAGCAAAUCCUGAGAGAGAGAGAGUGCGCUUUAAACAGUCUCAGAUCCACAAAUUCUCAGACUUCGUUGGAUUAGGCUAUUCAGUCGUUUGUGUGUUCUGCUUAGCAGAAGAAUUAACUUGAGAAACACGUCAUCUCUUUCCUUUGCCUGUUGAAGAGUGUGAUAUGGAUUCUUUUUGUUAUAUUCUCAUACCAAUUAAAUCGUAACGUCUCUCUAGAUUCUGACAUUUGUUUGUGUUGUUCUUGAUUCUCGAUCUUGUUUGCUUUGCACAGGCUGAAAAAUAUAUAUAAAAAAUAAGGAGAUCAUGGAUAGUGAAUAUACACAAGAUGGAACUCUUGACAUUCACAAGAAACCAGCAAACAAGAAUAAAACAGGAACCUGGAAAGCUUGCAGAUUCAUUCUCGGUAAUGCCUUUUUGUUGGUUACAUAAAAUUAACCAAACCGGCUUAUUUCUGAGUUUUGAUUUUAUGAAACUGGCAGUGACUGAGUGUUGUGAAAGAUUGGCUUACUAUGGAAUGAGUACAAACUUGGUGAACUAUAUAGAGAAACAUCUCAGUAUGGGAAACGUAGCAGCUUCCAACAGUGUCACAAACUGGUCGGGAACAUGUUACGCCACUCCUUUGAUCGGUGCUUUUCUCGCCGAUGCUUACCUCGGUCGUUACUGGACCAUCGCUUCCUUCGUCGUCAUCUACAUUUGCGGAAUGACGCUAUUGACAUUAUCAGCUUCGGUUCCUGGUCUAACACCAACCUGUCACGGUGAAAACUGCCACGCAACCGAGUUUCAAAUCGCGAUCACGUUCGUAGCGCUCUACCUGAUCGCACUCGGGACAGGAGGGAUCAAGCCAUGUGUUUCCUCCUUUGGUGCUGAUCAGUUUGACGACACAGACGAAGAGGAGAAAGAGUCCAAGAGCUCUUUCUUCAACUGGUUCUACUUUGUGAUCAACGUUGGUGCAAUGUUCGCUUCCUCUGUCCUCGUUUGGAUCCAGAUGAAUGUUGGUUGGGGCUGGGGUUUCGGAGUUCCCACUGUCGCCAUGGCGGUCGCUGUCCUAUUGUUCUUCGCCGGAAGCAAAUUCUAUAGGCUUCAGAAACCAGGAGGAAGUCCCAUCACAAGAAUGCUUCAAGUCAUCGUUGCUUCUUUCAGAAAAUCAAAAGUGAGAGUCCCUGAAGAUGCAGCUCUUCUCUACGAGAUACACGACGCUGAAAGCAGUAUCCAAGGAAGCCGCAAGCUCGAACACACCCCUAAACUAACAUUCUUUGACAAAGCAGCAGUAGAGACAGAGACUGAUGAGAACAAAGAAGCAGCCAAAUCGGGAUGGAAGCUAUGCACAGUGACGCAAGUAGAAGAGCUCAAAGCACUGAUCAGUCUCUUACCGGUUUGGGCCUCAGGGAUCGUCUUUGCUGCUGUUUAUAGCCAAAUGAGUACAGUCUUUGUGCUUCAAGGCAACACUAUGGACCAAAGCAUGGGACCUAACUUCACUAUCCCUUCCGCAUCACUCGCCUUAUUCGACAUUCUCAGUGUCCUCUUCUGGACACCUGUCUAUGACCAGCUCAUCGUUCCCCUCGCCCGGAAGUUCACCGGCCAUGAACGUGGCUUCACCCAGCUUCAACGUAUAGGAAUCGGACUUUUAAUCUCUAUAUUCUCAAUGGUCUCUGCCGGAAUCCUAGAGGUGGCGAGGUUACGCUACGUGCGAACUCACAAUCUCUACGAUGCAAAAGUGGUUCCAAUGUCGAUAUUCUGGCAAGUUCCUCAGUAUUUUUUCGUAGGUUGCGCUGAGGUGUUCACGUUCAUAGGGCAGCUGGAGUUCUUCUACGACCAAGCACCUGAUGCGAUGAGGAGUCUUUGCUCGGCUUUGGCGCUGACGACGGUGGCGUUAGGGAACUAUCUAAGCACGCUGCUGGUGACGGUGGUUACUAAAGUGACGACGACGGGUGGAAGAGCAGGAUGGAUAGCAGAUAACCUGAACAGAGGUCAUCUUGAUUACUACUAUUGGUUAUUGGCUGUUUUGAGUUUCUUGAAUUUCCUCGUCUACCUUUGGAUUGCCAAAUCCUACACUUACAAGAAAGCCACAGGCCAUGCUCUCUAAGGGGGUUAUAUCUAUGCACCGAUGCAGUCAUAAUUUUUCUUUUUUUAACUUAAUUUACAGUAAGUAAUAUUUUAUUUGUUUACAAACAGUCAUAUUUAUUUCUCAGUACCAAAGAACAUAUGCAUAGCAUUGGUUUUGUAAUGAAACUAUAUUCUGACCUG